ACACCUCUCUGUGACAUCACACACCAGGCAUGCCGAUUCUCCGAGGAUUGUCAUUACACUGGGACACUCACAGCCGGGCUGGAACUGUCAAAAGUUUUACAACUCGUGGACUGUGACUUGGAGGUGUCAGAUCCCGGAGAUCGGAUCAUUGGACAGUACAGGGGGGUUCACUUACCGGAGACUUACCAUGGAUUUCAUAGAGUGAAGGAUUACUUCUACCUAUAGACACCUAGCGAUCACCCAGCGAUCUAUAGAUCUGUACAGGGAGAACCCAGGGAGAUACAGACAUCCUAUCCAUACAUGAUCAGCAUGGACCGACCCAACCUGGGACUAUGGGGCUCCGCUCUACUACUACUACUACUACACAUCAUCAUCAGCAGCCAGGGGAGCACCACCCGGGAGGAGAUGAUAGUUUGUCUAGGAAAUGAGAACAGGUUCUCACAGCUGGGGACAGUGGAUGAGCAUUACAGCAGUUUGAAGAAAAUGUACAACGGCUGUGAAAUUGUGCUUGGAAAUCUGGAAAUCACCCACCUUAAGCGCAACAGUGACUCAUCUUUCCUUGCGGACAUAAAAGAAGUUGGCGGCUACGUUCUCGUCGCCAUGAACGAUAUCAAAUCCAUUCCCUUACCCAACCUUCUGGUGAUCCGAGGAAAUUCUUUGUACAAGAAUUCCUCGCUCUCUAUUUUAUCGAAUGAUGAUCUUGAGGAGCUCCCUAUGAGAAACCUAAAAGACAUUCUAAGAGGCGGAGUUAACAUAGCAAAAAAUCCCAAACUUUGCAACGUCAACACAGUGAAUUGGGAGGACAUUAUAAGACAGGAGAACACAAAUAUUUCUGUACAAUAUUCAUCACCUGCACGCUGUCCUAAAUGUGACGUGGAAGCUUGUAAUGGAUCAUGUUGGGGACCUGGUCCAGAGAAUUGUCAGAUAUUUACAAAGCUUAAAUGUGCUGAGCAGUGUCCUGGACGGUGCAGGGGACCGAUGCCCAACGAUUGCUGUCACAGUCAGUGUGCAGCCGGCUGUACAGGACCCAGAGAAAAUCAUUGCCUGGCUUGUCGUGCAUUUCGUGAUGGUGACACAUGCAAGGAAAGCUGUCCUCCACUUCAAAUUUAUAACCCUAACACAUACCAAGUGGAACCCAAUCCUAGUGGAAAAUACAGUUUUGGAGCCGCCUGUGUGGCUAAAUGUCCACAUAAUUAUAUAGUGACAGAUCUUGGAUCCUGUGUUCGGACAUGCCAUUCCGAUUCACAUGAGGUAGAGGAAAAUGGGGUUCGCAGCUGUAAAAAGUGUGAUGGACCGUGUACUAAAGAUUUAGUAUGUGAUGGAAUUGGACAUGGAAAACUCAAGUCUGUAUUGUCCAUAAAUGCUACAAAUAUUGUAUUUUUUGAGAAUUGUACCAAAAUACAAGGAAGCAUAAGCGUUCUGAAGGUGGCCGAAAGUGGUGAUACUUUCACCAAGACACUGCCAUUAAAUCCAGAAAAGCUGAGCAUCUUUAAAACUAUCAAAGAAAUAACAGGAUUCCUAUUAAUUCAGUACUGGCCAGCCAACUACACUGACCUAAGUGUUUUUGAAAAUCUUGAAAUAAUCAGAGGCAGAACAAAGCAACUUGGCAGAUACUCUUUGGGCAUAGUGAAUCAAGACUCAAUAAAAUCUCUGGGAUUGCGGUCUCUCAAGGAAAUAAGCGAUGGUGAUGUGAUAAUUAGAAAAAACGCAAAUCUUUGCUAUGCUAAUUCAGUCAAUUGGACGUCUAUCUUUAAAGCAAACCAGAACACAAGAAUUGAGAUCAACAGUCCUGAAGAAGAAUGUACUCGCAAUGCAGCUGCUUGCCAUCCUUUAUGCUCUGACCAGGGCUGUUGGGGACCUGGACCUGCACAGUGUUUGUCCUGUCAAACAUACAAACGUGGAAAAGAAUGUGUGCCAUCUUGCAACAUCAAUGCAGGAGAUCCCCGGGAGUAUAUUGAAAAUGACAAUUGUUUUUCAUGCCACCCUGAAUGCCUACCACAGAACAAUACACUUACCUGCAUUGGACCGGGUGCAGAUCAAUGUAUAAAAUGUGCUCAUUACAUCGAUGAUGACACUUGCGUCAAAACCUGUCCUCCUGCUUUCUACGAUGGAAAUACUGCCAUUUUCUCAAAAUAUCCUGAUCAGAAUGGAAAUUGUCAGCUCUGCAGCCCAGAAUGCAAGUUGGGGUGCACAGGCCCAGGUGUUGAAGGUUGUAAACCUCCUGGAUCCAAAGUGGCAUACAUUGCUGCUGGUGUAGUUGGUGGCAUCCUUGCAGCUGUUGUGCUUGCCCUUGUUGCAUUCUUCUUCAUCCGUAGAAAUCGAAUUAACAGAAAACGCACUGUGCGCAGAUUACUUCAAGAAAGAGAGCUUGUGGAACCUAUCACACCGAGUGGUGAAGCACCUAACCAAGCACUACUUCGAAUUCUGAAAGAGACAGAGUUCAAGAAAAUCAAGGUACUCGGAUCUGGAGCAUUUGGCACAGUAUUUCAGGGACUCUGGAUUCCUGAAGGAGAAAGCAUAAAAAUUCCUGUAGCGAUUAAGGAAUUACGGGAGGCCACAUCACCAAAAGCCAACAAGGAAAUCUUGGAUGAAGCUUAUGUCAUGGCCAGUGUGGAAAACCCACACGUUUGCCGUUUGCUUGGAAUCUGCCUGACCUCCACUGUCCAGCUAGUAACACAGCUUAUGCCAUAUGGCUGUCUUCUUGACUAUGUUCGGGAGCAUAAAGACAACAUUGGCUCAAGACAUCUCCUUAACUGGUGUGUGCAGAUUGCUAAGGGAAUGAAUUACCUUGAAGAAAGGAGAUUGGUCCACAGAGAUUUGGCUGCCAGAAAUGUCCUUGUUAAAAAUCCACAGCAUGUUAAGAUCACAGAUUUUGGGUUGGCCAAACUUUUGGGAGCGGAAGAAAAAGAAUAUCACGCAGAAGGAGGAAAGGUUCCUAUUAAAUGGAUGGCGUUGGAGUCUAUUUUGCACCGAAUAUACACCCAUCAAAGUGAUGUUUGGAGUUAUGGUGUCACUGUUUGGGAACUAAUGACUUUUGGAUCUAAACCGUAUGAUGGAAUUCCAGCUAGCGAAAUUUCCACCAUUUUAGAAAAGGGGGAACGUCUUCCUCAGCCUCCCAUAUGUACAAUUGAUGUGUACAUGAUUAUGGUGAAAUGUUGGAUGAUAGAUGCAGAGAGUCGACCCAAGUUCCGUGAGUUAAGUGCAGAGUUUACCAAGAUGGCCCGUGAUCCAUCUCGCUAUCUUGUUAUACAGGGAGAUGAUAGAAUGCACUUACCCAGCCCUGUGGAAUCCAAGUUUCACAGAGUAUUAGAGGAUCACAUGGGAGAUAUUGUUGAUGCCGAAGAAUAUCUGAUCCCACAUCAAGGAUUUUUUAGUAGUCCUUCAACAUCGCGAACUCCUCUACUGAGUACCAUGAGUUCCACUACUAGCAACAAUUCACCUAAUAUAUGCACAACUCGAAAUGGGGGGCCACCUGCCAGAGAAAACAGCUUCAUUCAAAGAUACAGCACAGACCCUACUGUGGUUUUGGACGACAGCAUUGAGGAAGAGUUCCAUCCUGUACCAGAAUACAUCAAUCAGACGAUUCCAAAGUCAGAAACCUCGACAGUAGAAAAUCCGGUUUAUCUCAAUUUGGCUUCAACUGGGAAUAUUAAGCCUCCCAUGAAUGGAAAUUAUCAGAAUUCCAAUGGAAAGAGUGUGGUUAAUCCUGAAUACCUGAACUCAGGCCAGAUGCUCAUAACCCAACCAGAAAAUGACUAUCCUUCUAUCUGGGAUCAAAAAGUAAGCCAGCAAAUAAGCCUGGACAAUCCUGACUACCAACAAGACUUUUUCCCAAAGGAAACCAAAAUGAAUGGAAUUUUUAAGAUUCCUGCUGCAGAAAAUCCUGAAUAUUUUCCACUGGCUCCAAAGAGUGACUAUAUUGAAGCUUCAGCGUGACCCCAAGUUGGUGGUAGCAUUCCUAAUAUUCUGCCUUUUAGGACACAGUUGGGUUUUCAAUGAACACUUGGGAACAAUGGACCCUAGUUCAAUAAGGAUGGUUGCUACACUACAAGUGAACUAUAAACUGAACCUUAAAAAAAUAUUUUGUUGCACAGUUUAGCCUGCAUUGACUAAAACUGGUAUAUGUCUCUCUUGGUGGGUUUGAAAGAUAAACCUUUAAUACUUUUAUAUAUAGAUAUGUAUUGCAAGAUUUUUUUUAAUUUGUGUCAAAUAGUUUUUAAUUCCUGUGGGUUUUUUUAUAUUGCAUAGAUAUUCUUGCACAUUUUUUGUCUUUUUGUGUGUUUGUCCAAGUCAAAUGGUAUUGUGGAAAUAGAUUUUUACGUAAGUAGCUAUAUAAUAUGCUGUAAUUAUAGCAUAAGAUCUGCGUUAAACAUUGGUUUUAGGUAAAGCUAAGGAUUAUCCUCAAUUGUCUUGUAUCAGGAAGGGAGUUAGCACUACAUAAAGUCUUAAAAUGUUAAUCCAUGAGCAAUGGGUAUUUUCCAGUGACAUUUCAUUGAUCUGUUUUAGACUGGCUCAUUGGAUGCCGUGUAUAUAUUUGAGCAUUCAAAAGGUAGAAAUGUGAAAAAACUUAACCCCCAGUACAGCAUUCCCAAACCCAUAUUUAUAAUCAAGCAUACUCCCAUGUUCAGUACUUGGAAUAUAUUAACAGCAAAUAUUACUUAUUGUUAGCAAAUCAUAUUGUUGAGAGCCUGGGAAAAGAGAGGGUAAUCGGUUGUCAAAAGCAACCAAGUGAUUUACUUUGCUGGUAAACUCCUGCAAUUAAAUUCUCUCCAAGUCUCAUGAAUGACCCUCCAUAUUCUAUGUAAACAAAAUA